AUGGGGCCCGCCUCUUUGAGGCACAGCCAUUCUACGGCCGUGAUGUUCGAGAAAUCUGCGUUUGACUCCGUCUACAUCUCCUGGUACAAGGGUUUUGGAGGCAUGGCUGGAGCACUUCUGGGAGCCUCUGACUCCCUGAUCACCCUGGCCUCAGACUGGCGCAGUCGGCUGGGGGGUGGUCUCUUCACCUUUACCCCUCAGUGGUUGGAUGCCAGGGAGCAGCUCAGGUGCCAUCUGGGUUCCUUCACACAGCGCUUCCUACGGCUUCAGGAGCUGGUGGAAGCCAUGACGGCCGAACCGGCGCUGAGCCUCCUGCGCUUCGAACCACCUGAGCCCGAGUCCUGCAUGAUCCACGUCUACCUCAAAGGCAGUGAGGACAUGCUGCAGGCGGCUCACGAUG